AUGUUGCUUCACUUGCUCGUCGUUCCUACAUUCGUUGUCGCCAGCACUUGCGCUUCAGCCCCAUCAUAUAAGCUCAAUGUGAAAUAUGAUGCUAGCAACUUCUUCGACUCCUUUGACUUCUUCACUGAUACGGACCCAACGAACGGCAACGUUUCAUACAUAUCCUACCCUGAAGCCUCAUCCACUUCCAAAGGACCACAACUAGCCAAGUACGACAACAACAAGGUCUACCUCGGUGCCGACAGCACUCAGCACUUCUCAGAUGAAGAGGUAGCAAAUAAGCAGGUUUUCAGAAAGAGUGUGAGGGUCGAGAGCAUCCAGACGUUCGACACAGGUCUUUUCGUCGGAGAUUUUGAACAUGUGCCUGGGAGUGCUUGCGGAGUAUGGCCCGCGUUUUGGGUUCUUCAUGACAACGAUGCAGCAAGAGGCAGCAAUUAUGGCGAAGUCGACAUCUACGAGGGCAUCUCGCUCAACACUGCGAACGAAAUGACUAUGCACACGAACCAACAUUGCACAAUCCCAACCGAAAAUCCAGAUAAUGGAAAUUGUCUUGACCCCGAAGGUGUUGCUGCUGGGUGUGAGGUCGAUGCUCCUGACGGCACAUUUGGAGACGAGUUUAAUAAGAAGGGUGGAGGUGUGUGGGCACUUCUUUUGGAUAAUAAAAAUGUGAAGAUCUGGUAUUUCGAGAAUGCGAAGAUCCCGCAGGAUUUGAGAGACGGCAAUCCUAAUCCAACGAAGUGGGGGAAAGGGGUUCUGGAUGUUACACCAAAGGGAAGCUCGUGCGACAUGAAGAAAGCAUUUCAGAAGAUGAAAAUUAUACUCAACAUCACCUUCUGUGGUGACAUGGCGGAUGAUAAGAAGGAAAAGACUUGGGAGAAGAAAUGUGCUGCAGCGACCGGUGUUAAGACUUGCGCUGCAUAUGUGGGCCAGAAUGAGCAUGCGUUCGAUGAGGCAUACUUUCUGAUUAACUCCCUCACGCAUUACCUCCCGCUUGAAUAA